AUGGGCGCCGCAAUCCAGGAAUGGACCGUCACCAGGCCGUGGGCGGAGCCGCACUGCGCCCUCGGCGAAGGUCCGUUUUACGAGGCCGAGACGGACUCGCUGCGUCUCGUGGACAUUAAGAAGAAGCAGAUUCUCUACUUUCGCGACGUUGUCGCGGCCGAGAAUCGCGACGCAGCCGCCGCGGGGCCCGAGGUCGUGCAGCUCGACGUGUGCCCGACCGUCACGGCCGACAUUGACGGCGUGGACCCCCGGGAGCGCAUCCUCGUCGGCGUCAAGCACGGCCUGGCGACGCUGGACGUCAAGGGCGGGCAGGGCAAGUACGAGCUGCUGGUGCCGUUUCACGAGCCGAGCAACGAGCGUCUGCGCUCCAACGACGGCUACGCGGAUCCCUUGGGGCGGUUCCUGCUGGGAAGCAUGACGGAUUUUGGCCAGGGUCCUUUUCAGCCGGAAGGCGGCUUGUUUCUCUUCACGGCAGACUCGGCCCGGGAGCUCAUCCCGGGCCUCACCAUCCCCAACGGCAUGGGCUGGUCGCCCGACCUGCGCACCAUGUACUUUACGCACUCGCCGACGCGCGAGCUCUUUGCCCUCGACUACGACCCCGCGCCCGGCGGCGGCGGCGGCGGCGACAUGAGCAGGCGUCGCGUGCACUACCGCCAUACGUCCGGCCCCGCGGAGCCCGACGGGCUGCGCGUCGACGCCGAGGGCCACGUCUGGCAGGCCUUUUACGGCGAGGGCAUGGUGCUGCGCAUCGACGGGCGCUCGGGCGCGGUGCUGGGCCGCGUCCGCAUCCCGACGCGCAACGCGACGUGCGUGCAGUUUGUCGGCGAGGACCUCUUCGUCACGACGGCGGCCGACGACGGGCAUGACGCCGACGCCGAGAGCAAAAGGCUGGGAGGCGCCAUCUUCAGGGUGCAUGUCGGCGUCCGGGGCAUGGAUCUCUUCAAGUUUAAAAUGUAA